AUGUCACAGUUACAAACAAAUGAUAAUGCAUAUAUAACAUCAACACCAAUAAAUUCAAUAUCAACAAAUGAUGAACCAUAUUCAAUUCUUGCUCAAUCAUUACCUCCAUUUCUUGCUGCUCCAAUUGGAUGGGAAAGUGAAAUUGUACACGCAAGAUCUUCUAUGUUAAAUGGUAAUACAAUUAAUACAGAUAAUGUUCUUGUUAAUAAUUUUGAAGAAGAUUAUUAUCCAACAAAUGAACUUAUUGAUAAUUCUGAACAAGACUAUAAUACAACAAAUACUAUUAUUAAUAAUUCUGAACAAGAUUAUUAUACAACAGAUACAGAUGAUAUUCUUAAUAAUUAUGAUGAAUCCUAUGAUAUAGAAAAUACUAGUGAAAUACCAAUAAAUAUUACACGUGAUAGAAGUGAAUAUAUAAACAUGCCAAUAGAUAAUAAUGCUAUAUAUCAACAACAACAACAAAAUAUAAUAGAUAAUGUUAAAAUAAAUAGACAACCACCAAUUGUCAUUCGUAAAAAAUUACCAAAUAAUGUUACAUAUAAACAAAACAUUACUGUACGAUAUUUAAAACCGCCGACACCACCACCACCGGGACCACUUAUUAUUCGUGAAGUUCGUCCACCACAACCACCUCCCCAGUCACCGAUUCAAAUUCGACAACGUCCUCCACCAUGUCCUUCACCACCACCACUAAUACUUCGAGAAAGACCUCCUCCAGUUCCACCCCGAAUUCCUGCAACAGUUAUUAAAAAAAUUUUACCUCCUCCACCACGGCCACGACGUCGCCUUAUUGUCGAACGUUAUCCACCAUGUCCACCUAAACCAUCCGAUGUUAUUAUUGAACGUUGGUUACCUUAUAAACAACAAAGUCAACGACGUAUUCUUCUUGAACGAGCACAACCACAUCAUAUACGACCAGAAGAACCAAAUCUACUCGUUUUACAUGAUGCACCUCAUGCACGUGUACGUAAAGAAUUUAUAAAUGAAGGAGUUAUUCGAGCUGAUCCUUAUUCUUAUGUUCGACGAUAUGGUCGUGAACUUAAUAGAUGGAAAAGUUCACAUUCAUAUCUAGUUAAUGAAGCAACUCGUGUUGUUCCACCACCACGAUCAACUACACCUAUUGAUUAUCGUUAUCGAUAUGAUGAUAGUUAUGAUCCUUAUUGUGAUAGAUAUCGGCGUGCUCCAUCUCCUCAUAUAUACAAUACAUGGGAAAGAACGAGGCUUGAACCAUCGAUCACUCGUUCUUCAUCUUAUUAUUAUGAUUGUUUAGAUUAUGAUUCUCCUUCUAGAUAUUGUACACAAUCUUCACGUCGAUAUCGAUAUAAUCCUGAUUGUUAUUAUGAUGAUGAUUAUUGUGAACGUCGAGGAAGCUAUGUAACAAUGGCAGAUGUAACAUCAUCAUGGAAUCGUUACUGUAAUUCAUCACCAUAUGAUCGAUACUCAUCAUCUUAUGAUCGAUGCUCAUCACCUUAUUAUACACGUCGAUCAUAUUGUCCUCCUAAAACAAUUCAUGUUUGUUCUGACAGUGAAUUACGUGAUGUUCUCUGUGACUUAACCAAUGGUCGUGUACCACGUGAACUUCGUACAUAUUAA